AUACAUACAUUUGUUUUGCGGGUGAGAUGGCUCGGAUUUGCUGACCGGAAGGUCCGUGGUUCGAACUCAACCUCUGCCUCUCGACUUCCUCUGUCUAGGCUUGGGCAACCUGACAGUAUCCCAGCCCUCAAGUCAGAUAAGGCCAACCAGGAUCACUUUGAAGGAGUACCUGGACUAGUCUCAACAUGUGCUGAAGCCAACUUGGAAGUGUUUCAGGCACAUUUGCUCCUUCAUGUUGGUGCACGUGCCGUUAAAAGCCUUUCAGCUGCAACACCCUUUCGGUGCCUAGCUGCCUUGCCACCCGAAGGAAGCACGAGGGUUUGUGAUACUCCCAGGUCGCCUAAGUCUAGACAGGGGAAGUCGAGAGGCGAAGGUCGGGUUCGAUCAGUUAAUUCGCGCUCUAACCACUUGAGCCAUCUCGCUCCCUGCAUGUGCAAGAGGCACACUGGUCGAAAGCGAGGGCAGAUCAACACUUGGCGACUGAAACAUGAAGCGUUCUGCUGCUGCACAUUUAGUUGCCUGGAAACAUCACAAACGGUAGAUUCAGCUGGGUUGCAGCGACUGAAACAUGAGGUGGCCUGGUGCAGCACAUUCAGUUGCUUGAAAACAUCACAAACGAGAGAUUCAGCUAGGUUUUAG